AUGCCUAUCGUUGAAGAGGUCAAUUACAAUCCUAAUUUUGGUGAAAGUAGGGAUGAUAAUUCUCAGCUGUCCACUUUUGUGGAUGCUACUCAAGUUGCUAAUGGUGUUGAAUUUCCUGUUACGGAUGUCAUUUUUCUCAAUAAUUCAUGGGCUAAUUUAGAAGAAUUAAGUGAGGAGCCUAUUCCAAAUGAAGGUGUCUUUACUUCAGUGAUCUCCAAUCUCAAGAAGAAACGAUGUAAGCUUUGGUUAGAUCUCAACAAUAUUCAAUAUUUACAUCCUCUCCCGUGGACUUUUUUCGGAUAUUUCACUACUAUUGAUAUGAGCAUGGUGGAUGAUACCAUCCCAUUGCUGGUUGAUGAUAAUAUGAACGUCAUUCUCAUGAAGUUUCCUUCUUUGGAUAAGAUUUCUUCUGUUGUUUUUGCUUUGAACAAAGAUAGUGUGUCGGGUUUGGACAGUUUCAGGGCUGUUUUUUUAUCAAACCUAUUGGGAUAUCAUCAAGGUGGACAUCUCGAAUGCUGUUUUGGAUUUUUUUCUCAUAGGCGAUCACUUAUUUCCGCUGUUGUUUUGAUUGGCCGAACACGUCUGCUUAGCAGAAGGAUUCUUCAGUUAUUUUCUUCCAAUCAUUUGAACCUUAUCACCAGUCCGAAUAAUAUCAUAGUCCCUUCUCACAUUCUUUACACAAAUGAUGUUUCUAUUUUCUACAAAGAAUUUUCUUACUCCUUUCUUGUAUCUCGGGGGUCCCGUUUUUCAAAGGUAGGGUGGAUUUCGUUGCUUUGUGAUAUUGAAAGGGAAAUGAGAAGGUUUAUUUGGAGUGGUGAAACUUCUAAAAACAAGUUGGUGACUGUGGUGUGGAACAACAUUUGUAAGUCGAUUGUUGAAGGCGGACUUGGUAUUAGAUCUCUCUUCAAUUUAAAUGAAGCCUCAAAUUUGAAGCUUUCUUGGGAGCUUUUCCACUCUUCGGGUAGCUGGGGUUAUUCUCAUUUGGGAACGAGUCUUGCAUAA